UUCAAACAACCUCUCACAGACAUCCCAGAGAUGCCCCCGACCAAUUUCAAACCAGAUGACUACAAGGGUAUGUCCAAAGAGCAGUUGAUGGCGAUCCGCAGAAAGAACUGCAACCCCAUGACCAUGAAGAUUACCUACUAUAAGAAACCAGUGUUCAUCCACCAGGGACACAUGCAGUGGAUGUGGGAUGUGGAUGGGAGGCGAUAUUUGGAUCUGUUUGCUGGUGUGGCUACUGUUGGUGUGGGCCACUGUCACCCGAAAGUGACAGCAGCUGUAGUGAAGCAGAUGAAGACACUGUGGCAUACGACUAACAUCUACGUCCAGCCUGCUCUCCAUGAGUAUUGUCAGAAACUGACCUCCCACCUUCCAGAUCCUCUUAAGGUGGUAUAUCUGACCAACAGCGGCUCAGAAGCCAAUGACCUGGCUAUGUUGAUGGCUCGACUUUACACAGGCAACUUUGACAUCAUCACUUUCAGGGGAUCAUACCAUGGUGGCACCAUGCAGACGAUGGGUCUCACCUCCAACUCACCAUAUAAAUACCCCAUUUCCACUAGUACAGGCUGCGUAAAUGCCAUGUGUCCCGAUGUGUUCAGAGGUCCAUGGGGAGGAAGCCACUGCAGGGACUCUCCUGUGCAGACCAUCAGAGAGUGUAACUGUGCCCAAGGCUAUUGCAUGGCAAAUGAAAAAUAUAUUGGAGAUCUCAAAGAGACAUUUGCUACUAGUCUCCCAAGUCGAGUUGCUGGUUUCUUUGGAGAGCCCAUUCAGGGAAUGGGUGGAGCUGUGCAGUACCCGAAAAACUACUUCAAAGAAGCCUACAAACUUGUCAGAGAAAAAGGAGGGAUCUGCAUUGCUGAUGAGGUCCAGACUGGCUUUGGACGAACAGGAACCCACUUCUGGGGUUUCCAGGGUUAUGAUGUCAUUCCUGAUAUGGUUACUAUGGCAAAGGGUAUUGGCAAUGGCUUCCCAAUGGGAGCUGUUGUCACAACACCAGAAAUUGCUGAAUCCUUUGUUAAAGCCUACCACUUCAACACCUUUGGAGGAAACCCCAUGGCUUGUGCUGUCGGUUCAGCAGUACUUGAUGUGAUCAAAGAAGACGGCACACAGCAGAACAGUCUUAAGGUGGGCACCUAUCUGAUGACUGAAAUGGCAAAACUCAGAGACAAGUACGAGAUCAUCGGCGAUGUCCGUGGGAAAGGUCUGCAGAUCGGUGUGGAAAUGGUCAAAGACAAGGCCAGCAGAACCCCGCUGCCACCUGAUGCAAUGAACGGGAUCUUUGAGGACAUCAAGGACAUGGGAGUCCUGAUAGGGAAGGGUGGAGUGUAUGGACAGGCAUUUCGGGUCCAACCCCCCAUGUGCAUCACGAAGGAGGACGUAGAUUUCUUCCUGGCAGUUUUUGAAAAGGCCAUCCGUAACUACAUGGCCAGAAACUGAGCACAUCAAUCAU